AAAGGAUUCUGAAUUGAGAAACCACUGAACGAGUCUCUCUCCCCUUUCAAGUUCCCUGCAGAGCGGCAGAGGUGACAAAGCUCUUCCCGUUCUUCCUUGAAAACCCUAGCCUUCAUCACGCUGCCGUUGGUCUCUCCAUCGCCGCCUGGUUCAUCGUGGUCGUUCGCCGUUCCUCCUGGUUCGUCGUGCUUGAAGGCCCUCCCGUUCGCCCAACGCCAGCGUCUCCAGGUUCUGCUCCGCCGUCUUCCGUCCGUCGUGUUCAUCGCCAGCUCGCCAGUGUUCGUGGUCAGCUCCCCGUCGUCUGUCUCCAGCUCGCCAGUGUUCGUCGCCAGCUUCCCAUCGUCCGUGGCUCUCCUGCAAAUCUCUGGUCAUUGCCCUCGCAGAAGGCUUAAAAGUGCUGCCAGGAUCAGCACCUCAGUUCUGAACACUACAGCCCCUUCAACUUCACUACCUACCAUGGUGUCUCGCCGCCACCCGAAGUGCAACUACCGUGUGCUAUUCUAACUUCUCAGAGUGAUAUUAAUACUCCAAUUUUCCAACCUCUUUCCAUCUCUAACCGCUUCUGAUUUAUUCAAGCUUUGCAAUUCGAGGGCUCCAUUGUAAAAGGGUUAUUUGUUAUGCAACUAUUUGAUUAUUGGUAACUGGAAUAUUUCCGGCAGAGGGCAUGGCAAAUCAGCCAGAAACAACAAGUUCCGCCACACCGAUCCAGAAUUCUGAGGAUCAAGUAGCAAGUGCCACUUCUACUGUGAACUUGAUAGAUUCAUUGGAGAAACAGUAUCUCAAAAUCAAAGAGCACGCAGAAACCUACCCUUACGUAUGGGCUUCCUAUAUUGUUGUAUAUGGUGGCUUUGGUCUAUGGGCUGCAUAUAGAUGGAGAAAGCUUCGCAAAACCGAGGACAGAGUAAGGAAUCUUCAAGAGAAACUAAGAAAGCUUGUUGAAGCUGAAGAAUCUGCUACUUCUACCAAAGUGGUUGAAAAGGGUUCUACAUCCUCUGAAAAGCCUUCCAAGUAGCCAACAGUUUCAAUAUUCCUUGCCCAAGGCCAAGUAGACCGGUGUUUAUGCCUCACAAUAUCACUUUGUUUACCAUAAUGGUUGCUGGGACUGAGAGAAGAUUUCAUGUUGCUUCUCUAAGCAACUGAUUGUCUGAUUACAUUGAGUUUUUCAGAAGUUUAGACAUCGAGUGUGAUAAUUUCCCUUCCCAAGAAAGUUCCGUGAUAGUUUUGCA